AUGUCCUCAAGAGUUAAUUCUAACUACCAGAGCUUUCUCGCACAUACUUCACCUCUUGUCCCUGUUCAUUAUCAUACGCAGGUAACUGGAGCGUCAUCUUUUUCAACGGUAGCUUCAGGAGCUGAAGCAAAAGAAGUGAGAAGGCCUCACAUCGUCCUCGGAGAUAUCUGGUCUGCUUAUGAAGAGUUUAGCUGUUAUGGUAAUGAAGUUCCUCUUUCUCUGGAAGGCAUCGACGAAGAUGUUACCUCGUACUAUGCUCCUACACUCUCAGCCAUGCAGAUCUUCACCAUCAAACCCUUCGCUGAUGACGGUGGUUCUUCUUCAAGGAGUUCGUCGAUAGGAACAAAUGAUAGCUCAAGCUACCUUUAUUUUCAAUACAACGAGCUAGAAUUGCCGCACGAGAGGCAUCCACUGACUGCAAAGAUUGAGCAACUGGCUGAGCAGCACAGUGGGUUGCAUAGUCUGACAAGUUCAGAUCUUUCUCCAGAUAGCUGGUUGUCCAUAGCAUGGUACCCCAUCUAUCAAAUUCCAUCAGUGAAAAGCAUGAAGAAGGAGUUAUCUGCUGCGUUUCUAACGUACCAUAAAUUGAAACCAGACUUUCCAGAAACAUUUGUUGAGGAUGAUAAGAAGGUGAAAGAGAAAGGAAAGUCAAGUAGUGAAGAAGAAGUUGUGUUUCCUCCAUUUGGAGCAAUGACUUACAAGGCCGUUGGUAACGUGUGGAACAUGCCUUGGACAUCAGAUCAUGAUGAUAGAGAUAGGCAUGAAAAGGCUGCUUCCUCGUGGGUGGAAAAACUCGGCUUCGCUCACAGUGAUUACUGGUUCUUUUUCAGAUGCAAGUUCUAUUGUUACCCCCGUUAGU